UUCGAUUUCUUCGCCAUGAACAUGUACCGCUCGGCCCUGGUGACGGAUGCCAGUCCGGCCGAGCUAACGACCAGAUUUGAAAAAGAUGCUGGCUGUGUUCUCAGUGUCGAUCCUUCCUGGAAAGAAACAUGUGGUGGAAGAAUGUAUACGACACCACUAGGCAUGCGCAAGAUGCUUAACUGGAUACGCCGUCAAUACGGUGAUGUACCUAUCUUGAUAACGGAGAACGGAGCGUGCGACCAAACUGAUGGGAUAGAAGACCAGGAUCGGAUAGACUUCAUGCGGGAUUACACCAACGAGGUGCUCAAAGCUAUUCAUCUGGAUAAGAUCAACGUAACGGGCUACCUUGUAUGGAGCAUCAUGGACACCUAUGACAUCACGUUUGGGUAUGCUAAUAAAUACGGAUUGUAUCACAUCAACUUCAGCGACCCUAACCUGACCAGGGUUCCCAAACACUCUGCCUCCUUCUAUCGACAGUUAGUCUCGGAGAGCGCAUUUCAACAUGGCUAUCCUGGGAUUGGAGGAAGAGGCGUCGCCCCAGAAAUGGAGAAUGAGUUCCUGUAUGAUGUUUUCCCCGAGGAUUUUGUAUGGAGUUCAGCGACAGCAGCCUAUCAGGUGGAGGGGGGCUGGAAUGAGGAUGGGCGUGGUCCUUCUAUCUGGGAUGUGUGGGCACAGACUCCUGGGAAAAUAGCCAACAAUGACAACGGUAAUGUGGCGUGCGACAGUUACCACAAAUACCAAGAUGAUAUACAGUUGCUCAAACAGCUCGGGGUUUCGCACUACCGCUUCUCUAUAUCUUGGUCGCGAGUGUUACCGAACGGCACAGUGUCAAGUGCGAACCAAAAGGGUAUUGAUUAUUACAACCGUCUAAUCGAUGGUCUGAUGGCUGAGGGGAUCCAGCCCAUGAUUACACUCUACCACUGGGAUCUGCCUCAGGCCCUACAGCGCGAGUACAACGGCUGGCUCAAUGAAUCCCUUAUCGAUAUUUUCUCAGAAUAUACCGAAUUCUGCUUCAAACACUUUGGAGACCGGGUAAAGUUUUGGAUCACCUUUAACGAACCGUGGAUCGUUUCCUGGCUGGGGUACAGUGUAGCCGUGUUUGCCCCGGGGAUGUACGGACCUGGAACUAACGCUUAUAUUGUCAGUCACCACCUGAUCCUAGCACACACAAAGUCCUGGCAUAUCUACAACUCAACCUACCGCCACACACAAAAAGGUCAAGUGGGUAUAACGCUAAACGCUGGGUGGUCGGAGCCCGAAAAUCCCUAUAAUCCCUCCCACCUGGAGGCAGCAGAGAGGGCAACCCAGUUCGACUUUGGGUGGUUUGCCAAUCCUCUUGUCCAUGGCGACUAUCCGGAUGUCAUGAAGUGGCAAGUGGGUAAUAAGAGUGCACUCCAGGGAUUCAACCAGUCCCGACUUCCAGAAUUUACAGAGACAGAAAAAAAGAUACUUAAAGGUUCGACAGAUUUUCUCGGUCUCAACCUGUACACAUCUGGUCUGGUACAUCCAGUUGAUCGAGACAUUGAUGAUAUAAGUUAUGACGCCGACAAAGACACCGGGGGCUCUAUAGACCCAAAAUGGCUAGGGUCAGGGUCCAAUUGGCUAUGGGUGACUCCAUUUGGUCUGCGGAAAAUGUUGAACUGGAUCAAAAACCAUUAUGGCGAUCUACCUGUGUAUGUGACGGAGAACGGUGUGUCGGACAGGAACGGGUCGCUGUCGGACGUACACAGAAUCAACUACUAUAGAUCAUACAUUAACGAGGUGCUCAAAGCCCGGAAACUCGACCAGGUCAACGUGAAGGGAUAUACAGCCUGGUCGCUGAUGGACAACUUUGAGUGGGGCAGCGGGUACGACGAACGAUUCGGCCUUCAUUUUGUCAACUUCUCUGACCCUGCACGCCCCCGAACCCCAAAGGAGUCGGCAGUGUUCUACUCUCAGGUCAUCAAAGACAACGGUUUCCCACGAGGAGCCAUGACAGCCCCGGGCGUCAUGACAACCAUGCCUUACGAAAAUGAGUUUCUGUUUGGAGAGUUUCCAAAGGGAUUCGCCUGGAGUGCCUCAUCUUCUGCUUACCAAGUAGAGGGAGCAUGGAAUACAGAUGGAAAAGGUGAGAGUAUUUGGGAUUGGUAUUACCACGAGAGUACCGCUGUACUAGACAAUGGUGAUAGUGCGUGUGACAGCUACCAUCACUACACGGAAGACGUCCAUAUGGUUAAACAACUCGGAAUGUCGCACUACAAAUUCACGCUUUCUUGGUCCCGGAUCCUCCCCAAUGGUACAAAGGGUGAGAUAAACCCGUUGGGUGUGGCGUACUACCAUGACCUGAUAGACGCCCUCCUGGUGGCGGGGAUCAAACCUGUCGUUACACUCUUCCACCUCGACUUCCCACAACCUCUUCAGGACAACGGUGGGUGGCUAAAUAAAUCCACAGUCGGCUACUUUGUAGAUUAUGCCAGGAUCUGCUUUCAGGAAUACGGAGACAAGGUGAAGCUGUGGUACACGAUAGACGACCCGCACACGUUUGCUGUGUCAGGAUAUGGUAACGCCACGUCACCACCCCGAGUGUCAGGGAUCGGUACAAAGGUUUACAAGGUCGUCCACAACCUCAUAAUGGCGCAUGCCCGCGCCUAUAAAGUGUAUGAUAAGGAGUUCCGGCCCUCUCAGAACGGAAAUGUCGGUAUCGUAUUGAACGUGAAAUGGGCGGAACCAAAACAAACCUAUAAUCCGUCUGACGUGUUUGCCGCGGAGCGGUACCUUGAUUUCACACUAGGAUGGUUUGCCGACCCAAUCUUCCUGUCCGGAAAAUACCCUCCUGUAAUGAAGGCACAGAUCGACAUGAAAAGUGGACUCCAGAACCUUACAAAGAGUCGGCUACCAGAGUUCACCUCAGAAGAACGACUCCUGAUUAAAGGUUCAGCUGACCAUCUGGGGAUCAGCUUCUAUACAUCACGACUAAUCAGCAGUACUCAGCAAGCAUCAUCACCGCCAAGUUACUUUGAUGACCAGGACGUCACAGCAGAAAUAAAUCAAAGCUGGCCCGAGAGUGGUUCGUCAUGGUUACGUGUGACACCGUUUGGCAUGAGAAAGCUGUUGAACUGGGUUAAAGUUAAGUACCCGGCUGUACCUGUGUAUAUAACGGACAACGGAGUGUCGGACAGGAACGGGUCGGUACAGGAUCAUCACCGUGUCCAGUACCAUAGAGAUCACAUCAAUGAGGUUCUCAAAGCCAUCAACCUAGAUGGAUGUAGUGUGCAGGGAUAUUCCGUAUCAUCUUUGAUGGAUCAAUUUGAAUGGGGUGCCGGCUACACAGAGAAAUUCGGACUCUACAAUGUUGACUUCAGAGAUCCUCAGCGUACAAGAACAGCGAAAUUAUCAGCAAAUUUUAUCAGAAACAUAGUUACAGCAAACGGGUUUUACAAGGGUCUGGAACCACUGCCGUUCCAGGACGACUUUCUGUAUGGAUCCUUCCCAGAGGGCUUUGCGUGGAGCGCCGCAACAGCCUCCUAUCAGGUGGAGGGUGGCUGGAACGAGGAUGGUAAAGGACCGAGUAUCUGGGACACGUUCUCUCAUCAAGGUCACGUGGACAAUACUGACACGGGCGAUGUGGCGUGUGACAGUUAUCACAAAUACAUGGACGACGUCCAGCUUCUCAGGGAUAUGAAGGUGACACACUAUCGGUUCUCCCUGUCAUGGCCCCGGAUAUUACCGGACGGCACGACACGCUAUGUAAACCAGGCAGGGGUAAAUUAUUACAACCAGUUGAUAGACGCCCUGUUGGACGCUGGGAUCACACCCAUGGUCACAUUGUACCACUGGGACCUACCUCAGGCUCUACAGGACAGAGGCGGCGGCUGGCUCAACGCCUCAAUAGCUGAUGUCUUUGCCGACUACGCCAGACUUGCCUUCCAGAAAUUCGGGGACAGGGUUAAGACGUGGAUCACCCUAAACGAGCCUUGGGUUGUAUCACUUCAAGGAUAUGGGCAGGGCAUCAAAGCCCCGGGGAUUGUAAGCCCAGGGGACAAAGUAUACAUAGCCGCCCACAAUCUCAUCAGAGCCCACGGCAAGGCCUACAGGGUAUACGAGAAUGAAUUCAAACACACCCAGCAUGGGAAGGUUGGCAUCACAUGUAACUGUGACUGGGAAGUACCUAAAAGUGAGAGCGUUCCCUCCGACCGCGAUGCUGCCGAGCGUGCACUCCAGUUCCACUUUGGAUGGUUCGUCAAUCCAGUGUUAAAUAACGGAGACUACCCUGACGUCAUGAAAUGGCAGAUCGGGAACAAAAGUGUCAUUCAGAAUCUGACACACAGUAGACUGCCUGAGUUUACAUCGGAGGAGAAACAAUAUUUAAAGGGAGCCACAGAUUUUGUAGGCCUGAACUUUUACACGUCCAACCUUGCGGAAUACCACCUCGACGACACCUAUAAACGGGAUUACUACUCCGAUAUGGACGUCAGUUUGUCUAAAGACCCGUCAUGGCUUGGGUCUGGGUCAUCAUGGCUUAAGGUCACUCCAUUUGGAAUUCGCCGUAUGCUGAACUGGAUCAAGGAUCACUACGGUGACGUUCCUGUGUUUAUAACAGAGAAUGGCAUUUCUGAUAGAAACGGAUCCCUGUCUGACGAUCAUAGAAUCUUCUACUACAAACACUACAUCAAUGAAGUUCUAAAAGCUAUUCGCCUAGACCACGUGGACGUACGUGGGUACACUGCGUGGUCCCUGAUGGAUAAUUUUGAGUGGUCUCGGGGAUACUCGGAGAGAUUUGGUCUCCACUACGUCAACUUCACUGACCCAGCGCGACCUAGGACGCCUAAGGCCUCAGCCCACUACUACAGACACAUCAUCCAGAACAAUGGGUUCUACCAAGUUCAGCCCACAGUUCAUACGAUGACCACGCAAGCGCCAUCUACUCCCAAAAGACAUGAUCGUGGAGUUUCCGGAUCUCCUUCUUUGCACCAACUACCUUCACUUUCUAUCACUGGACUCCUUAUCGGACUAAAGUUUCUAGAAACUUUGUCAAAAUACCAUGCACACGCGUCGGUGUAUGAUGAAAGAAUGUGUAUGGAGAAGACACUCGAGGACUUCAUUGCGUCCGGUAAUAGACGUUUCGACGGUCUUGGGGAGAGAUUGGCCAACAUAACGCUGAAUCAAAACCAAGCGUCUGCCGACCACGUGGCUUUCAACCCGUUCGCGAGUGACUUGAAUUUUCGACUUGUGUCCCCCGGUCCCACAGGUGUGCAGAAUGUGCAAGGUGCAGCCGGGAUUAACCGUGUUGAUAUCCAAGGCGGAUUUAAUGCUAUAAAGGACAGUGUAGCUAAAAACCAAUUACCAGCUGAGAUACGACUGCACGAAUCGCGUCAAGAAGUUCAACUAUCUGAUCAGCCCGCAUUCAACGUUAUUUCAAAAUGUGGACGAUACGCCGAGACAGCUGUUCUGGACGCUAAAGAACCCGGUGAAGUGAUAACUCAAGAAAAAUUGGAGCAGUUAUUCACAGUCAGCUUCGCACAGCUCAAGUACUUACAGGACGAAUACGCAUCUAUUGUUGUCAGUGGCCAUUACGACGCUACUACGUCAAAACUGCUUCGUUCCCUACAACGUAACACUUCCGGAUUGAACACCGAAUCCCUAGAGGCAUUACGUUCGGCAGCAGCACUGGCCACGGUGACCCGACCCAAGAGACAGGGACCUAUUCGCCUAGACCACGUGGACGUACGUGGGUACACUGCGUGGUCCCUGAUGGAUAAUUUUGAGUGGUCUAUGGGAUACUCGGAGAGAUUUGGUCUCCACUACGUCGACUUCACUGACCCAGCGCGAGACCGGAUACCUAAAGACUCGGCAAAAUACUAUCGACAACUCAUCGAAAAUAAUGGAUUUACUCCGCCCACUCUGUCAGGACGCGGACUACUGAUACAGGAAAAGGAAUUCAUGUACGGUACAUUUCCAGAAGGUUUUGCCUGGAGCGCAGCAACCGCAUCUUACCAGAUCGAGGGCGGCUGGAAAGCAAAUGGUAAAGGACCGAGUAUCUGGGACACGUUUUCUCAUCAAGGUCACGUGGACAAUAAUGACACGGGCGAUGUGGCGUGUAACAGUUAUCACAAAUACAUGGACGACGUCCAGCUUCUCAAGGAUAUUAAGGUGACACACUAUCGGUUCUCCUUGUCAUGGCCCCGGAUAUUACCGGACGGCACGACACGCUAUGUAAACCAGGCAGGGGUGGAUUAUUACAACCAGCUGAUAGACGCCCUGUUGGACGCUGGGAUCACACCCAUGGUCACACUGUACCACUGGGACCUACCUCAGGCUCUACAGGACAGAGGUGGCGGCUGGCUCAACGCCUCAAUAGCUGACGUCUUUGCCGACUACACCAGACUUGCCUUCCAGACAUUCGGGGACAGGGUAAAGACUUGGAUCACCCUGAAUGAGCCAUGGGUCGUGGCAGUCAAAGGCUACGGCUACGGAACCAUGGCCCCGGGAAUUGUAAGCCCCGGGGACGGCGUGUACAUCGCUGCCCAUAAUCUCAUCCGGGCACACGGGAAGGCAUACAGAGUCUAUCAAAAUGAGUUUAGUCAGGUCCAAAACGGCAGUGUAGGAAUAACAUGGAACUGCCACUGGACCGUCCCCAAGUCGAGAGAAAGGGAAGCGGACCUAAUCGCCUCAGAGCGCGCUCUCCACUUCUACCUGGGCUGGUUCGGUCAUCCUAUCAUAAUUAAUGGCGAUUAUCCAGCUGUUAUGAAAUGGCAGAUCGGGAACAAAAGUGAAGAACAGAAUCUGAAUAACAGCAGACUGCCGGAGUUUACGUCACAAGAAAUAGAAUAUUUAAACGGUUCAGCUGAUUUCAUCGGACUGAAUUUCUACACCUCAGACGUCGUAGAGCACUACGAAGACCCGGCCGUGCCACAUGAUUACUACUCGGAUAUGGACGUCAGAGUUUCCAAAGACCCUUCCUGGCUUGGGUCGGGAUCUGAUUGGCUGAAGGUGACCCCUACUGGAAUACGACGGAUGCUGAACUGGAUGAAGGAUCAGUAUAAGAAUGUUCCUAUAUUUAUCACGGAGAACGGAGUAUCUGACAGGAAUGGAUCACUGCUAGACGACCACAGAAUCUCCUACCACAAAAAUUACAUCAAUCAAGUCCUCAAAGCUAUUCACCUAGACCACGUGGACGUACGUGGGUAUACUGCGUGGUCCCUGAUGGAUAAUUUUGAGUGGUCUAUGGGAUCCUCGGAGAGAUUUGGUCUCCACUACGUCGACUUCACUGACCCAGCGCGACCUAGGACGCCUAAGGUCUCGGCACGAUACUACCGACAGCUCAUCGAGGAAAACGGUUUCCUAGAACAUGAACCUAGACCAAUUCCGCUAGCCGAGGAAAAUGAAUUCUUUUAUGGAAGUUUCCCGGAUCAUUUUGCGUGGAGCGCUGCGACGGCAGCGUACCAAGUGGAGGGAGCGUGGAAUGAAGACGGUAAAGGGCUGAGUAUCUGGGACACGUUUUCUCACCAAGGUCACGUGGACAAUAAUGACACGGGCGAUGUGGCGUGUGACAGUUAUCACAAAUACAUGGACGACGUCAAACUUCUCAGGGAUAUGAAGGUGACACACUAUCGUUUCUCCCUGUCAUGGCCCCGGAUAUUACCUGACGGUACGACACGUAGUGUGAAUCAGCUAGGUGUGGAUUACUAUAACCAGUUGAUAGACGCCCUGUUGGACGCUGGGAUCACACCCAUGGUCACACUAUACCACUGGGACCUACCUCAGGCUCUACAGGACAGAGGCGGCGGCUGGCUCAACGCCUCAAUAGCUGACGUCUUUGCCGACUACGCCAGACUUGCCUUCCAGACAUUUGGGGACAGGGUAAAGACGUGGAUCACACUGAACGAGCCAUGGGUGGUAUCUGUCCAGGGGUACGGACAGGGCAUCAAAGCCCCAGGGAUCGUCAGCCCCGGGGACAAAGUCUACAUUGCCGCCCACAAUCUCAUCAGGGCCCACGGCAAGGUCUACAGGCUCUAUGAAAAAGAGUUCAAAAACACCCAACAGGGGAAAGUAGGCAUCACAUGUAACUGUGACUGG